ACGGAUCAAAAUCUCAUUCCUGGUUUCUCCACUGCUACUCGAGAUCAAAAGCUUGAAACUUCACACAACUCAGACCCCAAACCCAGCUUUAAGGUACAAUCAGGAAAAAAGAAAUAUCCUGCCUGUUCAUAACAAGCUCAGAGCCAUCUGCUUGCCCAGAAAAUGCAGGAAAGCAAAGACCCUGCAAUUAAGCUCUUUGGGAAGAAGAUUCCAUUGCAGGGUGAAGGCGACGAUUCUUUAGCUUCACAGGUGGCCAUUGAUGUCGAGAAAGGAGGAGGAGUGCAAAAACCAGAAGAGGAAGGGGAUGAAGCAGACAAGGAAUCACAAUCUGGAAAAGUCACGGAGGGCACUGAACACCUUCCAGACACAAGCAUAAACCCGAAAACACUUUCGAUGGACGAAGAAACUGCAAAAACUUCAGAGAAUGAUGAUGGAAUCAACUCGGAGGAAAAAACACUGAAGAAGCCAGAUCAAGUGCUUCCAUGUCCUCGCUGCAAUAGUAUGGACACGAAGUUCUGUUACUACAACAACUACAACAUCAAUCAGCCUCGCCAUCUCUGCAAAUCCUGUCAAAGAUACUGGACAGAAGGUGGCACCAUGAGGAAUGUUCCAGUAGGUGCAGGACGACGAAAAACCAAGAAUACCUCUCAUUAUCGCUACGUCGCCAUUAAUGAGGCUCUUCGAGUAGCCCGAAUUGUUGCUCCUAAUGGAACUCAUGGAAAAGUUCUCAGCUUUGGAUCAGGUGCACACACGUGUUCUGUCCUGAAUCUUGCAGGUAACAAAAGCGUUUCUAAAAGUACCCGAAAUCGGUUCCACAAUCAUAUCUCCGAGAAUCAGAGAAAUACAUCUUCCAUUGAAGAAAUCAAGAAAAACACCCUUCAAAACCCAUGUCUUCCUGAUGUUCCCUGGCCGCACCCUCCAGGUUUUCCUCCCCUGUCAUCCAAUCAUCCUGCAGCUUUUUGGAAUGUAAAUCUUCCUUGGUUUUCCGCAAACUCAUCUUCUGCAAUCUUAAAGUCAUCGGGAUGUGGUCCGAAUUCUCUGAUAUUGGGAAAGCACGCAAGGGACGGGGACAUGCUUGGACCAGGGUAUCAGCAGAAAGAACCACCGAAACAGAGAAAUGGCUCUGUUUUGGUGCCUAAAACAUUGAGAAUUGAUGGGCCGAGUGAGGCUGCCAAGAGUUCAAUAUGGGCAACUUUAGGAAUAAAGAACGAAUCACUGAGUGGUGGAAGCAUGUUCGAGGCGUUUCUUUCGAGGAAAGAUGGGAAGAAUCAUAGACACCACAGAGUUGAAACCUCUUCGGUGUUAAGGGCCAACCCAGCAGCCUUGUCUAGAUCCGUUUAUUUUCAUGAGAACGCGUGAAUUAGUAGUUGGUGACAGACAUGCUAGUAAUUUUCUUGGUUAUUGAAUUACUGGAAAGUAGCCUUAAGUGAAGUGGAGAUAAACAAAUAAAAUUACAUAUAGGUUUUACAUAA